CUACUAUUACGACAGUGUCUGUUUCGACAACAAACUUGCAAUGGUUCGAGUUGAGCACUUUUGGCAAGAUAAUGGCAGGUUAAUUUAUGAUAUAAGUUCGCUUGAAAACAUUACCGUCUCAAGCAACAUAGGUUCCUUUUGCAACAGGCUUGAGAAAUGUUUGCAUGAGAAGUAUAUGGAACUUCUUAAUAAGUUCGAAGAUUGCUUUCCUAAAAUAAUAACUGGUACUCACUUCUUUUAUUGGAGUUUCAUAAGAAUUAAAAUUGCGAAGAACCAUUUGGAGAUGGGAGACACAUUUAGCGGUAAAUUUUACGCUGAUAAACGCAUAAACUUAAGCAAACGAAAUCGUGUAUCCUUGUGUCAAUGGCAAUGGAGCUUGUUCAAAUGUAGAUUCACUCAUCCAAAAAAUGACCAUCGAAGGUAAAUUCAUUUUAAAUUUGAUUACGUGAAGGUUCAUCGGAGAUAAAUGUUUUUUCAUCCAGCGAGAUAGUUCUUUUCAACAUGCUUGCUGGUGUUUUUCAAAUAUUGUUCAAUGUACUGGCUAUCAUUCACGUUACAAAUAUCACAAAUAAACAGUCUUUGCCAACUUACAAGGAUCCUUUGCAUUGGCUUUCUUGUGCUCAAAGGGUUUACAGACUAUAUACACAGCAAAGUCCACCUAAUACCGGUCCAGAAUUUCUGGAUACAUUAUUACGUUCAAAGUCAAAUCGGAUAAAUGAAUUCCAAGAGUCUGGAAGCCUAAACAAACAAAAUCUAUCAGCUUGUCGUUUGAUGUUUGAACAUGAAUACACAAAAACCAUAUUUAUACUCGCACAAGUUCAUCAGUUAAUUGGGAAACGGGCUCAGUCGGCUAAUUAUUGUCAAUUAACUUUGUUACGUCAAUUGACAUUCGGUAAAUCUUUCAAAAAAGCUGUCAAUAACUCUUCUCGUUUACAAAAUAAUAUAAUUCGUAUCAAAUCAGCUCAUUCACUUAGAGAUUUGGAAAAUAGAAAAUUUUCUGAACGACCUCCAUACUAUCUUUUCCAGAACUUUGAUCCUAUAGAAUGGGCUACAAAUGCUGUCGCUUUAAGCGACUAUUUCUCAUCAGUUGAAAAUCAAAAUAACUGCUAUUAUAAGACGUUCGAAUGUUUAUUAUCAGCUGUUCAUGUUGUGGAAGAAGCUAGGUUUGAAGGCAACAUUCCAUCCAGUCAAGUAGACAAUACUUUAGCAAACAUUUAUCGUAAUCUAGUGAAGAUCAGUCUUGAUCUACUUGAGAAAGGUACAAAACAAUAUGGGAACUUAGCUGAUGAAGGAAUAACCAGUGAAGACUCAGAGUUUAAGAAAUAUCAUGAAUUACAAAACGUUACUAAGUUUGGAUCAAUGUUUAAUUUGGAGCUACAACCAAUAUUUACUGGAUUAUUAGACUAUAAUUUUAAUGUAAAAAAUUCAAUUUCAAAUGUGAUUCCACAGAAUAACGAUUUAAUUUACAAGUUAAUUAGACCACCUACAAAUUAUGAAACAGCUUCUGGAAUAUUUCGCAUUAUAUUAAAUUGUUUAAUGAAAGCUGAAAAUUUUUAUACACUACAAAACCAUUGCACAGAUGCAAUUGCUUUGAUUCAAGAUCGAAGUAAAGCUUAUAGCCUAAUGACUGUUUUCGAAAAGAACAUCAAUAGACAGUGUUGUAUGCAUAAACGACGGAUAGACAUGUUAAAUAAUGUAUUAGGACAACUAAAUCCGGAUCACUACUUACACGUAUGUCGCCAGUUAACAUUCGAACUAGCAGAAGCUUUGGGUACAUUACGUGAUUUGAAAAGGAAACUACUCGAUGAGAUCCCACUAAAAGAAGGUCAAGUUUCAGCACACUAUGCGCGGAAAUCAGAUGAUCUUGCAAAGAGUGCAAUAUCCGUUUAUAGAAAUUUCUUAGGAUUAUACGGAGUUCAGUCUGGGACGACAAUAAAUUUCAGUGACGAUGAUAUAAAACCACUGAUCGUGACAUGUCUUCAUACUGCUCGGCUCUAUUCUCAACUUAUUUCGACCUGUACUACAGAGAAAAUUCAAAAUUUAACAAAAGCUUUAGAAUUUUAUGUACAACUGGUUGCUAUCGCAGAAAACCAUAUAAAACGUGAUGCCUUGACGCCGAUAAAGGAUUGUGAGGAAUUAAGAAUAGCUAAAGAAAUGGUCGUCUUAUUACCGGUUAAACUCAGCCGACUAUCUCAAGGUGAAAUCUUAUCUGAUUAGCCGAAACCAGGCAAAUAACUGUCCUUCAUUUAAUGUAUAUAAACUUUGAACUGACUUAUGUUUGUGUAACCGAUUAUGGAAUAACCAUUACCUGGUUCGUGUUUAAAUACUCCAACAUUUGUCCUGUAAACAGUUUUCGGUACCAUGCUCGCCUUCAGUCAAUUUAUUACCUAUAUUACUAAGAGAACUCUGAAUAUC